AUGGCGUCUUCUUCUUCUUCUGAUCGGGAGUUUGACGUGUUUCUUAGUUUUAGAGGAACGGAUACUCGCAAUACUUUUACUGGUCAUCUCAAUACAGCCUUAAAGAGUAAAGGAAUUAGGACCUUUAUCGAUGAUAAGGAGCUCAGAAGAGGGGAGGACAUUUCUUCAACACUUUUUACAACAAUAGAAAAAUCAAGGUGCUCAAUAGUUGUUCUGUCAGAAGCUUAUGCAACUUCCAAAUGGUGCUUAGAGGAACUGGUAAAGAUAUUGGAGUGCAAGAGAACCAUAAAACAGAGGGUUGUGCCCAUUUUCUACCAUGUGGACCCGUCGGAUGUUCGGGGACAGGGCGGAAGUUUCGGACAAGCCAUGGAUGCACACAAAAAGAAUUUGAAAAUCGAGGAGAAGCAGUUGCAGAGGUGGUCGGCGGCUCUCACUGAAGUUGGCAAUUUAUCCGGCUGGGACUUGGGAAAUAAGUCUGAGGCUCAGCUCAUUCAGGAUAUUGUUGCAGAUAUUUCAAAAUAUUUAAAUUGUGCAUCCUCAAAUGAUGCUCAGAACCUAGUGGGAGUUGACUCCUGCAUAAAGGAAUUGGAAUCACUCUUGUGUUUUGAGUCAACUGAUGUUCGCAUGAUUGGAAUUUGCGGUAUGAGUGGCAUAGGCAAGACUGCCCUUGCCAGAAGUAUUUAUGAACAGUUUUCGGACAAAUUUGAAGGUUGUUGUUUUCUUACUAAUGUUGGAAAUGUGGAAAGAGAAGGAACCGACUAUUGGAAAAAGGAACUUCUUUCAAGUGUAUUGAAGGACAAUGAUAUAGAUGUGACAAUCACUUCAAUAAAGACAAGACUUGGCUCUAAAAAAGUUCUUAUUGUUGUUGAUAAUGUGAGCCACCAAUUGACAAUGAAAACGUUAAUUGGAAAACAUGAUUGGUUUGGUCCUCAAAGUAGGAUCAUUAUAACAACUAGGAACAAAAGGUUUCUAAGUGGAAUGGAUGCAGUGUAUGAAGUCCAGAAAUUGCAGGAUGAUAAAGCGAUUGAGCUCUUUAAUCAUUGUGCCUUUAGAAAGGACCAUCCUGCAGAAAGUUUUAAGAGGUUCUCUCUCCGUUUUAUAGCUUAUGCUCAAGGUCUUCCAUUAGCUCUCGAGGUUUUAGGUUCUUCUUUAUAUAAAAAGGACCAAGACUAUUGGAAAAGUAAAUUGGAUGAGCUAGAAAAGACCCUUGACAAUGAAAUUCAUGGAGUACUUCAAAAAAGUUUUGAUGAGUUAAAUGAUAAUGAGAAGGAUAUAUUUCUAGAUAUUGCAUGUUUCUUCAAAUGCAGCAACAAAGAUCAUAUAAUGAAAAUACUUGAGAGUUGCAACUUGUUUCCCGGGAGUGGAAUAGAAAAUCUCAUUGAUAGAUUUCUCAUAACUAUUUCUUGUGAGAAGUUGGAGAUGCAUGAUUUAUUACAAAAAAUGGGAUGGAAAAUUGUUACUCAGACUUCGAAAGAGCCUGGGAAACGUAGCAGAUUGUGGAUGCAGGAUGAUAUUUGUCAUGUAUUGGAAAAAAAUACGGGAACCAAAGAAGUUAAAGGCAUAUUCCUCAACCUGUUUGGUUUGAAGGAAAUACACUUUACCACUGAAGCCUUUGCGAGGAUGAACAGGCUUAGAUUACUAGAAGUCUAUGAGUCUAACCUGUCGGAUGACUCUGACUCCGAAAGUACCUCGAGGAAGAGGAAAUGUAAAGUGCGCUUUUCUGAUGACUUUAAAUUUCAUUCCGAUGAGUUGAGGUAUUUAUAUUGGCAUGAAUAUCCUCUGCAAACAUUGCCAUCUCAUUUUAAGCCCAAGAAUCUUGUCUGCCUCUGCAUGCCUUAUAGCCAGAUUACUGAGCCCUGGAAAGGAAGUCAGGUUUGUGAAAAUUUAAAAUUUUUGGAUCUCAGUAACUCCAAAUUCCUAAUGGAAACUCCAGAUUUCUCAAGGAUCACCAAUCUUGAAGAGCUGGUUCUGGAUGGUUGUACUAAUUUAUGUCACCUUCACUCGUCCCUUGGACGCCUGAGGAAACUCGCUUUCUUGAGUGUGAGCAACUGCAUAAAACUUAGGGAUUUUCCAGCCAUCUAUAAGUUGGUAUCCCUUCAAACUCUGGAUCUCUCUGGUUGCUCAAAUCUACAGAAAUUUCCAGAUAUCUCACAGCAUAUGCCAUGCUUAUCCAAGUUGUAUUUAGAUGGGACUGCUAUAACAGAAAUCCCAGCCUCAAUUGCGUAUGCCAGUGAGCUCGUUCUAUUGGAUUUAACAAACUGCAAAGAGCUCAAGUUUCUUCCAAGUAGCAUUCCUAAAUUGACACUUCUUCGUAUCCUUACGCUAUCUGGCUGCUCAAAACUUGGAAAGCUUGACUUGCACGAUUGCAGGAGGCUUCAGACAUUGCCCUUGCUUCCACCAAGUGUACGAAUUCUAAAUGCAAGUAAUUGCACGUCCCUGGAAUCAAUCCUCCCUGAAUCAGUUUUCAUGUCUUUUAGAGGCUGUCUAUUUGGUAAUUGCCUCCGACUCAUGAAGUACCCAAGUACAAUGGAGCCUCAUAUACGAAGUAUGGCAACCCAUGUUGAUCAGGAAAGAUGGAGGUCCACUUAUGAUGAAGAAUACCCAUCUUUUGCUGGUAUCCCAUUCAGCAAUGUCGUUCCUGGGAGUGGAAUACCUGAUUGGUUCAGGGAUCGUAGGGAAGGGCAUGACAUAAAUAUAGAGGUACACCAAAAUUGGUAUAGCAGCACCCCAGGAAGUAAUAAUAAUUUCCUGGGAUUGGCUCUUUCUGCUGUUGUAGCACCCCAGGAUGGGUUCCUUGGAAGGGGUUGGUAUCCAUACUGCGACUUGUACACCCAAAAUGAUCCUAAAUCCGAAUCCAGUCACAUAUGUUCCUUCACUGAUGGCCGCACUUACCAACUUGAACAUACUCCAAUUGAGUCAGAUCAUCUAUGGCUAGCGUAUGUACCAUCAUUUUUUAGCUUCAGUUGUGAGAAAUGGAGUUGCAUUAAGUUUUCAUUUGGUACAAGCGGGGAAUGCGUUGUGAAGAGCUGUGGAGUUUGCCCAGUGUACAUUAAAGACACCACAAAUGAUCAUAACAAGCCCAUGGGAAGUGCCUACACAGAUAUGAACGAUUCAGUAUUGCAAGCUACCAGAAUCCGAAGCGUUGGAAACUCUCGUACUGACUCACAUGCCCCGGACCCAGAAAGGCUUGAGAGGCAGCGAAAUCUUCCAAAAUCACGGACUAGAAUUGACCGCAACAUUCAAGUAAGCAUUCCGAGUGGAAGUGCCCGCAAAUUCGAAGUAAGCAUUCCGAGUGGAAGUGCCCACGAAUUCGAAGUAAGCAUUCCGAGUGGAAGUGCCCACGAAUUCGAAGUAGAAGUUACCGUAACCUUGUCAUAA